AAUGCCCUUUUCCUCACCCUCUUCUUUUUCUUAUUUUCCGGGGAAUGUGUUCACUGACGUGCUCAUAACCGUAGCCGUUUAAUAAUACCACCGGACAGCCAAGUCUUCCGUCAUCACAUAUCAGCCAGCCAUAUAGAACCAGAGUUUUUUCUUUAUAGAUCUCCACAGAAACAAAGAUAUUCCAAAACAAAUCAGUCACCAUGAAGACCUUCAGCGCCGCCACUCUCCUCCUGGCCGCGGCCAGCUCCUACGUGUCCGCCACGCCCCUCAACUUCACAGCCCGCUCCUUCGAGAGCCAGAGCCUGAACUCCAGCGCCCUGCUCCUCCCGAGACAGGCCAACGCCACCGCCUUGACGCUCCCCAGACAGGCGAACGGAACCGAGAGCGCUGUCGUGCUCCCCAGACAGUUGAACGGGACCGACGACGCGUUGACGCUCCCCAGACAGGCGAACGGAACCGAGAGCGCUGUCGUGCUCCCCAGACAGUUGAACGGGACCGACGACGCGUUGACGCUCCCCAGACAGCUGAACAGCACCGGCAUCCUGCGCGUCCGAAGCGUUGCCCUCAACCAGACCGAGCUGAACGUCGCUCGCUCCUUCGGUAAGUGCUAACUAAGCCAGCUUUCCCUAGCUGAUGUAACCUACCUCACCGUGAGGA